CCCGAGCCGACCCCCCCCAGCUUGUUCUCAAACCUCUAAAUCGCCCUCUCGACGACCCAUCGCCACUCUUCCCUAGGAAACCAACUCCUCCCGUCCAUAAUGUCCGCCUUCCUCCGUGUCGCUCGCGGCGUCCGCGCCGCCUCUGUCCGCCCUGCCGUCCAGCCCCUUGUGGCCCGCUCGGCCGUCGCCCACUUCACCACCUCGAUGCCCCGACGAAGCGAGCACGCCGAGGAGACCUUUGAGGAGUUCUCCGCCAGGUUCGAGAAGGAGUUUGACGGUGUCCAGGACGUUUUCGAGCUUCAGCGCAACCUCAACAACGCCUUCGCCUACGAUCUCGUCCCCGCUCCCUCGGUGAUUGCCGCCGCCCUCAAGGCCGCCCGAAGGGUCAACGACUUUGGCACUGCCGUCCGUAUCUUCGAAGGCAUCAAGUCCAAGGUCGAGAACAAGGGCCAGUACGAGCAGUACCUCGAGGAGCUCAAGCCUCUCCGGGAAGAGCUCGGCGUGCCGCUGAAGGAGGAGCUGUACCCCGAGGAGAAGUAGACGAUGACUCGGUCUCAGAGUGUUUGAGCUCCGGGCAAGACCCGAUCAAACCGGGCAAGCCCCGCGUGUACAUGUUAGCCGAGACGGAAGGGAAGAAAUCCAGUACAAGAGGUAGACGGGGGAGUUUGGUUGCGGCAGCCCCAAAUCGAUUGUGUUAUAGCCCCAGGCGCGACUUGGCGACUCUUGCUCUUUGCUAAUCUCCUCCAAUGUUGAGAGUAUUUUGCA